AAAUGGUUAGUCGGAGUGGCUGGGCAGAUCUUUUGAGUAGUGGAUAACUGCUGGAGACCUGCUGCGUGAAGUGAAGCGGGGGCACGAGGCCCUCGGGGUAUCAGUGCUCCGAGGGCGGCGCGGGUCGCGUGUGCCGUUGCCGUAUGUGUGUACGUACGUACGUACCUCGCCGUGCGUGUACAGGCUGAUGUUUUAUGACCUAAAAACUCCAGGAAUAGUGUCCAUCCGGACAGCGGCUUCAGGGGGAUGCCCUGAGCGUGCCCGUGCCCCGACCCUGUGCUCAUUCCAGUUUUUCGGUGAGGAGCUCCCUGGGAUUUUUGCAGCGAUAUAACGGGGGGUUUGGUGCGACUCCCCGGAGCUGCAGCAGUGUGGUUUCUUGGGGAGCCAUUUGUUAAACAGCUGCAUUACGAGUUCAUGGCAGUCCUUGUUAUUAUUAUUAUUGUUAUUGUUGUUGUUGUUGUUGUUAUUAUUAUUAUUAUUAUUAUUAUUAUUAUUAUUAUUAUUAUUAUUAUUAUUAUUAUUAUUAUUUUAAGCCUGUAAGCGGGGCGGGGAAGCAGGGAUCUUGGGUCACUUCGUGUGCCUGUGUUCGGAGGAGGAUGUUGAAAAUGAGUAAUGAUCCGCCAGGCCUGUAAUAUGCAGAAUAACUGGGGGAUGAGUCAUCCCGUACAAUGCAGUAUAUCCGUCAAGGAGACUGAAUCAUCCAUGGGGGGAAGCCACUUUUCAGCAGCCAGCUGGUACUCAGGUCAGCAAAAGACGAUCCAUUUUAUCGGCGGGCUUGUAGUGGCAAUGAUGGUGAGGCAGAGCAAUCUGAGGACAAAAUGUAGAGGAAAUGGCAUCCCCCAGCAGCCUGCAGGAGGUCUCAGGACAGCGGACGUGAUGCCCCUGCGCAGCCCCAGCACGUGAGCCAAGCAAUAGUUGUCUGCGCGGCUGCUUUGGUGCCUUAAUUUCUUCAUAAAGGGAAGCAGUGUUGAACUACCUUGGCGUAUUUGGAUUGCAAGGCUUCCUGGAGAACGAGGAGGAACAUCUGAAAUGGGGGAUCAGCUUACGGGCCAGCAGCUUAAUUGUGGUGACAGCUAUAUUGUGCGAGUCAAAGCCGUGGUUAUGACCCGAGAUGACUCCAGUGGGGGAUGGUUGCCGCAAGAAGGAGGCGGUCUCAGUAGAGUUGGCGUCUGCAAGGUCACAUACCCAGAGGGCAAUGGAAGAAGUGGAUUUCUAAUCCAUGGUGAAAGGCAGAAAGACAAACUGGUGGUGCUGGAGUGCUUCGUGAAGAAGGACCUGGUGUACACGAAGGCGAACCCUACCUUCCACCACUGGAAAGUGGACAACCGGAAAUUCGGGCUGACUUUCCAAAGCCCCGCCGACGCGCGGGCCUUCGACCGCGGCGUGAGGAAGGCCAUCGAAGACCUCAUCGAAGGAUCUACUACUUCCUCGUCAACACUUCACAACGAGGCGGAGGUGGGCGAUGACGAUGUCUUCACAUAUGCUACAGAUAGUUCCUCGAACUCCUCCCAGAAAAGGGAACAGCCUGUGCGAACGCUGGCUUCUCCGACAUCCUGCGAACAUCGAAGAAUUUGCACUCGUAGCCACCUUCACGACCAUUAUAGCUCUGACCACUACCAUCUCGAACAAUCAGUACCGCGGUCCUAUCGGCACGUCAACUUCCCAGAUGACGAUGAGGAGAUCGUGCGCAUCAAUCCUCGGGAAAAGAUUUGGAUGACCGGCUAUGAGGACUAUCGCCAUGCCCCAACGCGAGGAAAGAACUUUGAUCCUGACGACAUGGACUCCUACGUACGUUUUGCCAAAAGCGAGGCCUCCAAACACGAAUACACUUACCCCUACAUAGACAACUCAGACUUUGACCUGGGUGAAGAUAUCAAGGGUGCUGUGAUAAAGACUCAACCUGUCAAAUUCAAAGCCAGGCGGAAGGAGGAUGGCGAGCGAUCACGCUGCGUGUACUGCAGGGACAUGUUCAACCACGAGGAGAACAAACGGGGCCAAUGCCAGGAUGCUCCGGACCGCGUCAAGACUUGCAUCCAUCGAGUGAGCUGUAUGUGGUGCGCGGACACUAUGCUCUAUCACUGUAUGUCCGACCCAGAAGGAGACUAUACGGAUCCUUGCUCGUGUGACACCAGUGAUGAAAUGUUUUGCCUCCGGUGGAUGGCCCUUAUCGCCUUGUCUUUCAUCGCUCCAUGUAUGUGCUGUUACUUGCCGCUUCGGGCUUGUUACCACUGUGGGGUCAUGUGCAGGUGCUGUGGUGGAAAACACAAAGCUGCUGGAUGACUACGGAUGAGUUGCAAGCGUUAUGUUUUUCCUGUAGUUCAAGGAACACGUUGGUUUGGGAGCAUCGAGAUCACUUACUUUGAUGCAGCCACUGUGCCCAACAGCAUCCAGAAACCACCGGUUUGGAUCACUUUGCCUUUGGUCGCCGGGGGCUCACACUGCAUUGAUUUGCUCAUCAAGUGUUCUAACUAACUAAUCUACAGCAUAGACUUUUGUAUUAUUACUCUGUAAUCAAACAGACUGUCAUGUACAUGUUUAUAUUAUUUUUUUUUUUCCAGUUAAAAUGAGUUUGAGGAAAGAACUGCUUGCAAUGGUGGUGGAUUGUAGAACAUCUCCAGGUGGUGUCCGUCUUGCCUCCGCUUGUGCAGCACCAUCGCUGUGUCAGCGAGCUCGGCAUCUCUAGAAGCGGGGUGGUGUCGCAGAACGAAAUCACGCUUGGAAGAUAGUGUAACUUGCAGUCAAGUUACUGUGUGUAUAGAAGGCGUGCUAGUAACAAACUUGUACCACAACACAGUAUUUCUGUCACCGGUUUUCUUCUCCCCCCCUUUCUUUUUUUUUGUCCUGUUUUCAAGCCAGAAUAGCCAUCUAAGCUGCAGUUUUUCUCUUAGAGUCCAUCGUCAUUUCCUUCAGCAAACAUCUUAAAUUAUUGCUCUGUUCUUAAACAGAAAGCAGGGCUCAGUUCCGUAGUCACGUAACCAUUGAGAACCUGGUAGUUCUCCUUACCUGUAAUCAUUUCAGACCACUACUUGAAAGGGAAGCGUAAGUUUUAGGGUGUUUUUCCCUAAAUACCAUUGAAAAAAAUCUGUAUCUCCAGAGUUCUGCCAAAAAGAGGGGAACGUCUUCAUUAGCCAGCCAUGUAAUGAUUUGAGAAUAAAACACUAAGAUGGUAGAGGGGUGACAUCGUCAUGAUGCGAGGAGUGAUUUACCAAUGCAACCUCAAGAGCACUGUUAUAAUCCGUGGCAGUUCUGGGGAAAUGCUGCAUUAAGUGGUGGGUUGUCAGGAAAAAAGAGUUUGUUUAUGUAUGUCGUGUGUGUAGCACACGAGCGUGAGAACGUAGCGCAUUCGCAGCAGGAGCUACAUUUAGCAUUUCUGAGCAGGUAUUUUAAAUGGAAAGCCAGGAUGUUCACCACCACUUUAAUUCCCUGAUUUACAGUCCCGGUCCUCCAGAUGCCUACGUGCGUCUCAACUUCUUGCAUGUGUAACCACCGUUUCUGUGAUCCUGCGCGUUGGAUUAAGCAUGAGUCUUCGCAGGAACCAGAGCAAAGUGUUGCCCUCGCUUUCCCCUCCCCAGUUCACCACCCAGCUUUAUCAAGUGGAUGCCUAAGGUGCAUACAGCGGGAUAAAAAUACUUUAAUUUUUCUUUUUUUUUAAUGUCAUGUCGUCUUGUGUACAAGGCUUGUAAUUAGCUGGAAAAAGAGUAUUUUUCUAAUAUAUUACAAGGAAUAGCCAAAUAAUUUUUAUUAAAAAAAAAUGAUUUAGCGCAGUGAGCUCUAACUAGCAUAGUACAAUCUGAAUCCUUUGAGGCAGCUAGGGAUUGGCUUGUCCAAGCUGGCACUGCUGUUCCUGCCAUAAUUUCUUUCUGCAGUAAAUUGCCAGUGGGUGCAUGUCCUUUCCCUCCCUCUAUUGCACAUUGACAUCAGUCUUAAAAGAGAGGUUUUUUGGGUUUCUUUCUUUUUUCUUCCUUUUUUUUUUCGCCAAAUAAGUGUAAGGAAUGCUUGCCAUCGUUCUCGGUGGAACGUCCCGACAGUUCCUCUGAGAGUUAAUCACAGCUUUUUAGUAAACCGUGAUUUAAGUAUGCAACGUGCUUACACCCCAUAGAGUUUGGUAGGCUUAAUUUGUAGCAGUCACUGGGGGUUUUUUGGUUGGGAAGGGAAAAAAAAAAAGGAAUGCUAAUGGAAAAGGGAUGGAGUGUUACACUCUUGGUGAUAUGUCUGGGUUUGCCGAAUGGAAUAUAAAUAUUUUGUGCCUAAUAGCAGUUGACAAAUCUCUCAAUGGUGUCUAGUAAACAUCAAGCCAGCCUCAAAAGAACUAUAAUGGAACAACCUUUUCCUUUUGCUUCUGUUCUCAAAGUUGUUUCAUAUAAACAAAUAUCUGUAAGAUCUUCUCUCUAUAAAGCACAACACUACAAAAAGAUCUUGCAGCUUUUUGUCCAGUCCUGAAGUGCCCCUAUUUAUUUAAGUAAAGUAGACAUACUCCAAGCCUUUCUGUAUGUCUGAAAAUAAAAAAAUUUUUAAAGCCCUCUUUUUUUUUUCCUCCUUCUUCUCCUCUGGGGUUUUUGUAUUACUUGUAGAUUUUGCUGCGUGUGUUAUUUGGUUUGUGAAGGCAGUGGUGUAAGGGCACAAUGCUAGAAAUGGGUGUUUUCUGUAAAUAUUUCUCCUUACUUUCCACACUGCUGCUGAACAGUGUGUAGCGGUCUCCCAGUCAGCUUUGCAAUACUGACAUCAAUCAUUUGAGAGAAAUUAUUCAGAUUUUAUUUUUGUAUCUGUGGUAACAAAACAUUAACCAAAUUUUUUUUUUCUGUUGUGGGAAAUUUUUUUCAAGCUAUUGCUCACAUUAACAAAUUAAAGUGCCUGAAGCCUCAUCAUUAUUGUAUCUAUAUACUAAAAGUUAAAACCCUGUUGUAUUGAUUUUUAUAAGCCUUUUUACCUCCGUGUAAAAAAAAAUAUAUAUAUACAAGUGUAUGAUGUACAUUUUAGUUCUUAACUUCUUUUUUUAUUGUUUCUAAUAUGUAUGAUCAGUG